AUGCCAGACUCACUACUGUGGAUCAAUAAGGACUCUGGGUCAACCGUCCUCUCGCGAAGCUCCAGAGCCGAAACGAAACAAAUUCGCAAACAUGUCCAGCACGAAAGACAGGUAAGAGCCAAAGCGGAGGCGGCCGCCAAAUCUGGACCAACAAGCAACAAGUCGCCUCGAAAGCAAAGAAUCAAAGAUAGGCCAUCGCCUGAACAGCAGCCCGCCGCUUUCGGGCAGCCAGAGCUUCGCCUAGAUACGAAUGUACGCGAUCGGACUCCUGAACAUCACCGAUCUGUCCUUUCCGCAAUAUCUCCAACCUAUACGUCUCCGAGCAGUCCGUCCAGCAGGUUACUUCAGGCUGUUAGUGCCUUCCCGGGCCUUGAGCCGCAAGAACUCCGCAGCCUGGUUUUCUUCUGCCAGAGGACGGCUCCAGAAUGGUCUGGGUGGAGAGAUGCAGCAUUCUGGAACAAACUCAUUCUGCAGGCUUGUCAUCUCAAUCGAUCUAUACUCCACGGAGUAGUCGCUCUCGGUGCCCUUCAUGAAUCUUCCGAGGCGGACGGGGAGUCGAAUGAGCGGUCGGCCUUGCAGCAGCUGGCAUUGCAUCAAAGCAGCAAGGCAUCUCGCAUGGCUUACGAGACAUCAAUGUCGGAUAUCACGACCCUGAUCUCAUGCGUCAUCUUCAUUUGCCUGCAGAACUUACAGGACAGUCACACGGCUUAUCAGCUCCUCAAAUCCGGCCACAGUCUCAUCACCGACAUUGACGCAAGGCUGCAAUCUGGCGAGCUCGUCCUGUCUGACAGUGAGAAGACCGUCUUGGACAAUUUCCUCCGACCCAUCAUCGAGCGCUUGAGGAUGCGAUUCUGUAGCAUCGUCGAUAUCCCUUCCGCGCUGACACUUAGCGCGGCCAUCAAGCGAAGCAAGACAGAACAUCGCCUGGCGCUGCCAGAAAUCCCCUACUGCUUUGGCAACCUUCUGGAGGGACGUAACAAGCUCGAGGAAAUAGUGGACUGGGGGCAGGAAAACAUUGAUGCCUCGCUGUUACACUGCGAACAACGAGAACAGGUGCAAGCUCUACUCUUGAACUGGAUCGCGGCUCUCGAUGAUACCCCUGUGACGAAACGUGAACGGUAUGAGGCAUUGAUCACCUCCAAAAAGCUGCUUCGGGCGGCUGCACUUGUCGCCUCAAUCCUGUUCGACACGCUGGGGACCGGCGAGGAAUGCAACUAUGACCACCACGUGGAUAAGUUUGCGGAGAUCAUCGAGUUAUAUAAAGAUGCUAUUGGAAACCCAGCCAAAGCCCCCAAGACUACAUCGUUCGGGAUCGAUUCAGGCGUCAUCGACACGCUCGCAUUCGUCGCUGGACGGUGUCGUGACCCUAUGAUCCGAAGGUCAGCCAUUGCUUUGCUAGCUCAGACAAAUCGGACCGAAGGCGACCUCCAGGGUUGCACAGGCAGCACUAUCAUGCAGACGCUUAUGGAGCUUGAAGAAGAAGGCCUCAAUGUAACCGAAGCAAACGACGUACCCGAGUCUCAACGGCUUCGUAUUUGGGAGGAUCACCAAUAUUGGGAGACGGGCGAGAUACGGAUCUUUUUCGUCAAGUGGCCAUACGAUCCGUCUUUGGGUGCCGAAGUAAAGACAGCGUCGGUCUUCCUGCCCCUGAACUUUUCGAGAGCGGCAAAAGAGAAGGCGGCGCCAGGCAGUCCUAUUGGAUUGCCGAACGUCAGAUAUCGUCGAGGGUUUGGUGCCUUUCUGGAGGAGGGCACGCAGACAUAUCAUCAGAUAACCCUGUCUUCAUUCUUUAUGCCUGUGCCGAGACUAUGA